AUGGCAGGCAAACAUCACCGUGGUCGUAGCACCACCACCAAGGAAGCGACGGCGGCGAAAUCCUCUAUCAAUGAAGUACCAAUCUUCGAUCCGGUCUGGUUUUCUGGUGACCCAGACAUGGAAAUCGACACCAGGGAAGCCAUCGAGCCACCACGGAAAAUGGGCUCCUACCCUCCUUACCUGCAAGCUCGGCUCGGAAAAUCCAAGAUCAUGGGGCUGGUGAAAGGCUCGAUCUGCCAACGCAUCAUGCGACUCUACACCCAGGAGGAUUUGGAUAUGGUCGAGAUCUCCAAAGCACUCGGGACGUCCAAGGUGGACGGCGGACUUCAAGCUGCAGAUGUUGAAUCAAUCAUCCUGGCAUGCGAAGCAUUUGGUCUCGGCAGCGAAUCACCAUUGGAGGCCGAGUACUGGGAGAAUACCUCGAUCGAGGGCUGGUGGGAGCGGAGUUAUUGUGAGGAGCUGUCGAGGAACGAGCCGAUUGGACCCGAAGUGGCCGGAUAUGAUUGUGAGCAGGGCUGGUGGGCUAACAAGUCGGACGCAAAGAAUAGGGAUUGGGAUUGGUUCGCGGAAACUCCAGAAAUUGGACCUGGGAAAAGGCCUGAGCCACGUUGA